AUGUCAUUAGAAGGUCCUACUGGUUUAUUCCAAUAUCCUGUCACCAAAUUAGCCAUGAUAUGUACAGGAGCAAUCCCCUUAUUGGCAGCCAUUGGAGGUUAUAAAUACCUUUUUAUUACACGAUAUGAUCCCUUCAUCUCUGAGUACCACCAAUAUUAUAGACUUCUUACUUUCCAACUUGCAUCAAUAAAUGAAUCAAACGUGGUUUUGUCAAUACUGAUAUGGUACCAAUUCAGACAUCUUGAACGACUAAUGGGAUCUUAUAAGUAUUUCAGUGUCAUAACUUUAUUGUUUCUUUAUACUACACUGAUAAUAUCAUGUUCCAAUUUAAUAUUCAAUGCUUUCUUACCAUGGAACAUUUGGAAUAGAUUUCCUAGUGGUUCAUUGCCUCUACUUUUAUCCUUAUUCCAUUUUUAUAAACAAUACACGCCCCAAAUUUACCAAUUCGAAAUACUUUUAACUAAACCAAUUUUUUCCAAGUCAAAAGAUCAUAAUAAACAAAUGAAAUGGGAAUUGAAUGAUCACUUCUUCUUGAACACGUUAAUCUUUAUUUUAAUUCUAAACCAAGAUUUUGUUGGAAUAAUUUGUGGAUUCGUAUCCUGGUUAUGUGGAGUAUUUGUUGAUAAGCACUUAUUACCAGGUUUGAACAAAUGGAGACUACCUUAUAUCUGGAGAUAUUUCAAUGAAUACAAAUCUGUACAAUAUACCAGUGGUACUAAUAAUGUCGAUCCUACCGUUGGCAUAAUUAUGAGCAGUAAUACUUAUAACAAUGGACAACAAUUCUCCUCUACGACGUCAGUGAAUACAUUACUCCAUAAUGGUAAUAGUCAUGCUAAUAAUAACAAUAAUAAUAACAAUGGAAGUAGUAACAAUGGUAUUGGUAUUAAUAUUUCGAAUCCCUUACAAACUCAAGGAACUACCCAAACUACUGAGGAAGAAAAUGCAGCUGAUGAACCUGUUAGACCAUUGGGAGUACAGUUUUUAGACACAUUUAGGAGAUAG